AUGAAGCGCAAGGUCCGGAGCGUUCACUCGAAACCCAAGGACAAGGAGAAGCAAUUGGAUACUCUCUUUUCGAACCGCCUGUCCCAUCAACAAUUCAAAGAGGAUAGCUCCUAUGUUCAGUCUAAAAGAGACACCUUACAGUCGGAAGGGCAUGAGGCUUGCGGGGAUAAUCUGGACAUCUUCCUCCAGGAUUAUGAAGGUCCCGUGCCUUCCUGCGAAAUCGAAGAGGUAAAAGAAUUCUGUGAGGGCACAUCAUCUGGAGGGCCAAAAAUCUGGUUAGAUGACCGAGAGAAAUCUACUGGAUUUUCUCGAAAGUACGCAAAACGGCUGACCGCAACGGACUUGGGACACGCGUUGGCACGUAAGCGAUUUGAUCUUGACGGCACCCCCGAUGCUGACCGACGUUUAAUCUAUAUUUCUGACCUAGACGCGGAAUGCGUUCGUACUCUUGCCGAGUCUGCGUCUUGGCGUCAGGUGCCAGUGCUAAGAGACGCGAUUUGGAAACACAUAGCCCUUCAAACAUCGCUCUGUGUGAAGACUCCGCGUAUCGGAUUUCCUGUAUUUGAGUUGGUGUUUCAACUUCCGUACCUGGCUUUGAGGCAAUACCAUACACCACCCAAUAAAGAGCCAACAACUAGGAUACACAAAACGGAACGAGGACGAAUGGAUGUGUCCUUUCUGAAUAUCCCAGCAAUCCAAGGGCAAGUCCCAUGUUCAUAUGUCAUUCAUGAGGCGCAAAUCUCCAUUGUAGCGUGCGGCUCGGACAACUCGAGAUGGGUGACCUAUGCUUUUGUGGACACCGAGUUUGAUGAUAACCCUACUGACGACGACGGUAUUUUCGAGGAAGAAGAGCUAGAUGAAUUGAACGAAGAUCCAAUUGCCGACGACGGCGAAUGUUCGACAGGAUGGGUAGUCGACGCUGACAAACCAAUAUGGGACCCUAGAGAGUAUUUCCUACUCAUGGUCGAACGCCGGAUGACCCAAAUCUUCAGAGAAUGGAUACAUCUUGUUCGAAAAGUACAGAGAAGUGUGAAACGAUAUGAAAAAACUCAUCCCGCGUUUCUAUCCCCCGGACCUUCAAAGGAGCUUCCUAGAGACGUGCAGGAAGCUCUGUAUCAGAAUAUUCAAACAAUGCAACUACUCAAGAAGCUUCGAGAGCAACUCUCUACUACUAUUCAAGCUUGGAAAAGAUUCGCUGCCCCCACUGGAGAUAUCCGCUACUUCUCAAAUAUGUCGAAACCCGCGGCAAGAAAAUCACUCAAUAACAUCAUCAAAACUUUCGAGCGGUUAGUGGAUCAAGAGAAAGAUUUGGACUCUCUAGCGGAAUCGUGCUCGGGAUCUGAGAGACUCCUCACUCUUCGACUGAAUCUCAAAAGCUAUGACUUAAAUCUUCAAACCGUGCGAUUGAAUCACAAUACCCAAGAAGUGACCUUGGAGAACAAUCGGGUGGCGCUGGAGAGCCAGAAAACCGCGCAACUCACGAAUCAAACUGCAGCACUCACUCUUUCGACAAAUCAACUCACAAUCCCUCCCGUACUCGUCAUAGCCUAUUUCAGCACACAGCAGCAGAUUUUCUCGUUCGAUCGAAACCAGAAAACCUUCUUCAUCUGCAUUAUAACCUUAUUCAUCGCCUUAAAGCUUUAUAAUUAUGGGGUUAUUAUCGCUCGGACUAGUCUCGCUCAGCAGUCCCGGUGGCCCUGGUGGCUAAGGACAGCUAUUGAAUCCAUAAGUCCCAUACCAUUGGCAUCAACCGAACGCCCGAAUACGGACAUCCAACCCAGCAUGUAUGUCGUUUGA